UCUUCCUGUGCAAUGUUGUUAUCCGAACUUCGUGUGUUGGAAUUGUAAUUUGAUGAAUUAUGGAUUCCCCUGGAAGUUUUGCGGAGGAGAUCGACUUUAAUGAACUUCAGUUUGAGGAGGUUGUAGGACGAGGAGCUUUUGGUGUUGUCAGCAGAGCCAUAUGGAGGGGGAUCAAUGUUGCAGUCAAACUCAUAGAGACAGAGGCAGAAAAGAAAGCAUUUAUGCAGGAGUUAAAGUCCUUGUCAAGAGUGAAUCAUCCAAAUAUAGUCAAGUUAUAUGGGGCUUGCUCUAGGGCACCUGUUUGUCUUGUGAUGGAAUACGCCGAAGGUGGUUCCUUAUACAACGCGUUACACGGGAGUGGACCCCAAGUGCAAUACAAAGCUGCCCAUGCCAUGAGUUGGAGCUUACAGUGUGCUAAGGGGGUUGAGUACCUUCACAAUAUCAAACCUAAAAGUAUCAUCCACAGAGAUCUGAAACCACCAAAUCUCUUACUAGUCAAUGGAGGCACAGUGUUGAAGAUCUGUGAUUUUGGCACAGCUUGUGAUAUACAGACACACAUGACAAAUAAUAAAGGAAGUGCUGCCUGGAUGGCCCCUGAAGUCUUUGAAGGGUGUAAUUACAGUGAAAAAUGUGACGUGUUCAGUUUUGGCAUUAUUUUGUGGGAGGUGAUAACAAGACAGAAACCGUUUGAUGACAUAGGAGGGCCCGCCUUCAGGAUUAUGUGGGCAGUACACAAUGGCACAAGACCUCCAUUAAUUAAGAACUGUCCCAGACCACUUGAAUUACUCAUGACAAAGUGUUGGGCAGCCAAUCCAGUGGAAAGACCCUCUAUGUCAGAAGUGGCAAGAAUUAUGGAACAUUUAGCUCAGUUUUUCCCAGGGGGUGAUGAACCUCUUACAUAUCCAGAUUUAGAUGACUCUGGUGGAAAUGAUACCAACCAGAGUUCAGUGUAUGACACCCCACCCCCAACCAACACCAUGCAUACCAUGACCACCCAUGAGUUAAGACACACCAUUAAGGAGGCUCUGUCCAGACAGAAUGCUAUCCAGGGAGAACCUGUGCCAGUCCUUACCCCAACCACCCCCAGGGCCACACCCACUGUGGUGGAGGACAAUGACCCUGACCGCGGAACAAGUGCCCCUGCCUCAUUAGCUGCCAGCAGAGAGAACUUGGACAAGUCCUCCAGGUCCAGUACUCCCUCCGUGGAAUUCAAGCGAUAUUCUGCAGACUUGAGUAAACUGGAUAAAAAAGAUAUCAUUGCAGCAGGGGCCCCUGGGGCGGGUGCCUCCACUGGCAAAGCGCUGGGGCACCGCCGUGUUGGCUCACACGGUUCCGCAGCUGCCUUAUUAGCUAGUACGCAACCUAAGCCUUCUAGUGCAGUGCAUGGCCACCGACGUUCAGGCUCGUACGGAAACACCCCCCUUGAAACCACGCCUACUAGUUCUCUGAAUGUUCCCAGUUCCCAUAGCAACUUCCAUCAUGUGCCAUCGGCUCCUGCUCAGUUAUAUUCAGGACAAAACCUGGAGGUGCCCCAGGCACAAAACGGGACUGCCCAGAGGAGUGUGUCCUGGGCCCCGGGAGAGACGGCCGCAGAUUCCACGCCUAGGCGCACCACACGCUUUCUCAGUGAUUCACAGCCUUCAUCCAGUCAUUCUGUUGAACCCAGUACAGUGGGUUAUAAUUCACAAACUAACCAGGGUGUAAAUCAUGGGGAGUAUUUGGCAGCAACUUUAGCUUAUGCUUUAGAACCUCAUCUACAGCCCUUGCCACCUUGUCCAUCUUCCCAGGAAUCCAUGUCUAUUUACCAGGCCCACUGCCAGUUGGCUCAUGAGUAUCUGAAAGUUCAGACAGAGAUUGCAUUAUUGCUGCAGAGAAAAGAAGAGCUGAAGAAAGAAUUACACAAAGAAGCAGACAAUGAGCAAAUGUCAAAUAAAUUUGAAAACGAAUGGAGGCAGCUUUCUAGUGAAAAUGAAAGUUUGGUUAUUCUUCAUGAAAACCUGAAGAAGCAGUCAGAAAUGAUACGUCAGCAGCAACAUCAACGGAUGCAGGCACAAAGCAGGAACUGAUACUGUUGGUGCCUAAGAUACGGCAAUACUACUCCUACUGCAGUUCUUUGGGACACAAAGUGAGCACCGAUAUACCAGUGAUGCUGCUUAAAUUAUAUGACAAAUGAACCUACUGCAGCAGUGACAGGGCCACAGUGCAGGAA